AAACUGAAGAAAAGAAAAUCGUACAAAGUUUAGAUUUAAGAAAACUUCUGAUUUUAUAUUUAAAUGUGUUAUUCUGAGUAAAGAAAUACAGCAAAACAAAUAAAUAAAUGAUGGCUCGAGCUGGUCAAGAUAUGUUAGCGGUGUUGAGGGGUUUGCAACUGGUUGCAGAGGCGUUGUGUCAUGAACAAAGAAAAGUAAGCAAACAUUUAUGGUCUAAUUCAAGUAUACGAGAAUUGUUGGAACAAAAUAUAAAAGAGGGAACAGAAUAUUUGAAAUCAACUGGUCAAAAUCCUACAGAAGAACUAAGGAAACUACAAAAAUUUAUUGAAGAAUCCAGAGGAAGAACUUGUGCGGUGGCCGAGGGAGUAAAGCAAUUGGCCGGAGUUAAAUUUUCUCAGGAAUUCAAAAUGAAUCAAAAUCCAUUUGGGAGUGCUGUAAGUGCAGAAAACGAACGGAAUCAUAAAGAUAAACAUUUGCAACGUGAAUCAUCAUCCACUAACAGCGGCAGCGUUAAUAUGCAGGCUAAUAUGGACGCGGCAAAUUUAGAUAUUUCUUCAAUAACUCUAAAAGAGCUAGAAAAUAUACUUUCUAAGAGACAUAAAGAUCGAGAAGUUAGCCUACGAACGGCAGCGACAAAAAGUAAGCAAGUUGUAAAAUCACAAAAUGAAAUGAGUUCAACAGUACCCAUAAAAACUACAACAGAUGAACUCAAAGCAGAUACAGACUAUGUUAAAAAUGUAUUGACAUUUGUAGCUGGAGAUUCCACCACAAAUUUGGAUGCAGGCAAUUCUAACGCUCAAAAAAAUUUACCUUCUCUUAGUACAGUGGCCAAGCAAAGAAAAGUGCCGUCAAGUCGAUUAGGAAGAAUGGCGUCAUUUGGUGGUUUGUUUGCUGGUUUAGGAAUUGGUACCAUAAAUGAAUUAACAAAAGGUGCUCUGGGCAUGGGAGGAUCAAAAAAUGUUUCAGAGGCUUUAUUUAGUCCUGCAAAUGCAGAAAGAAUAGUCGACACACUCUGCAAAGUAAGGGGAGCUGCUCUUAAAAUUGGCCAAAUUUUAUCCAUACAAGACUCCAAAGUGGUGUCUCCACAAUUAGCUAAAGCUUUUGAAAGAGUUCGCCAGGCUGCAGAUUAUAUGCCAGACUGGCAGCUGGAACGUGUAAUGUCUACUCAACUAGGGCCAGACUGGCGAAAUUCCGUAGAAAAUUUUGACGAUAAACCCUUUGCUGCCGCUUCGAUUGGCCAGGUUCACAGAGCAACAUUGAAAAAUGGCAUGGUUGUUGCGAUAAAAGUUCAGUACCCUGGCGUUGCUGAAAGUAUUGAAAGUGAUAUAGACAACUUAGUAGGUAUGUUGAAGGUGUGGGAUGUCUUUCCUCAGGGCUUUUUCAUAGACAAUGUAGUCAAGGUAGCCAAGCGUGAAUUGACCUGGGAAGUAGACUAUACACGAGAAGCUGAAUAUACUGAAAAAUUCAAGGAAAUGGUAUCACCCUAUAAAGAAUAUUAUGUUCCAAGCGUAAUAAAAGAACUGACUACGAGUAGUGUUCUAACAACUGAAUUGGUACCUGGUGUGCCCUUGGAUAAAUGCUUUGAAAUGAGCUACGAUCAUCGCAAGCACAUAGGAGAAUCAGUUUUAAAGCUUUGUUUACGCGAAUUAUUCGAAUUGCAGUGCAUGCAAACUGAUCCGAAUUGGUCAAAUUUCCUAUACGAUGCUGACUCUCGACGUCUAAUGUUAAUUGAUUUUGGUUCAACUCGCUUCUAUCAAAAAGAGUUUAUCCGAAAUUACAGAAAUGUUAUUAUGUGUGCUGUUAAUAACAAUCGUCAGGGAGUUCUGGAAAUUUCUAGAGACAUGGGUUUUCUAACUGGUUAUGAGACUAAACAAAUGGAAGAGGCACAUGUGGAUGCAGUAAUGAUAUUGGGAGAAAUGUUCCGUUAUGAGGAUGAAUUCGAUUUUGGCAAACAAAAUACUACGGAACGUAUCGCUCAUUUAGUGCCGACUAUGGUGGCACAUCGCUUAUGUCCUCCUCCAGAAGAAAUUUAUUCUAUUCAUCGAAAAUUAUCUGGCAUAUUCUUAUUAUGCGCUCGACUUCAAAUUAAACUUAAAUGUCGUCCAUUAUUUGAUGAAAUUGUUGUGGGUAAAUUUAAGGAAUAAAUAAGUUAUUAUUUUACAAGAUUAUUUAAGGGAGAGCCCUUAAAAAAUAUAUUGAAAGGACACACUUUUUAGAAAUCCAAAAAUGUUAUUUUAUUCGGUUUUUUGUACUAAAUGAUAAUAUGUUUUAAUGUUAAUGUCUUUAUACAACUGCACUAAAUAUGACUAAUUAUGAGAAUAUAUGUAUAUGUUAUACUUUUGUAUCUAUCAUCCAUUCCAUAAGAAUUCAUUUAAACUUGUAAAUUUUUCACAUCACAA